AUGCAAGCUGCUGAAAGAGGCGCCCCACAGCCCUGCCCCACAGCCCUGCCCCACAGCCCUGCCCCACAGCCCUGCCCCACAGCCCUGCCCCACGGCCCUGCCCCACGGCCCUGCCCCACAGCCCUGCCCCACAGCCCUGCCCCACGGCCCUGCCCCACGGCCCUGCCCCACAGCCCUGCCCCACGGCCCUGCCCCACGGCCCUGCCCCACGGCCCUGCCCCACAGCCCUGCCCCACGGCCCUGCCCCACGGCCCUGCCCCACGGCCCUGCCCCACGGCCCUGCCCCACGGCCCUGCCCCACGGCCCUGCCCCACAGCCCUGCCCCACAGCCCUGCCCCACAGCCCUGCCCCACGGCCCUGCCCCACGGCCCUGCCCCACAGCCCUGCCCCACAGCCCUGCCCCACAGCCCUGCCCCACGGCCCUGCCCCACGGCCCUGCCCCACGGCCCUGCCCCACAGCCCUGCCCCACGGCCCUGCCCCACGGCCCUGCCCCACACACGCUCAACACCACUGCUGACUGCGCCAAAUGUGAUGGUGCUUUAAGCCUAGCGUACAUGGGACUGGCAACUGAUUAUAUCCGUGGCAUAUGA